GCGAUGUCCAAUAUUGAAGGACCUGAUAAGGCAGCAUCGCCACUACUGAUCCCCGGGAAGAUUGCCGAAGGAUUUCAAAGAGGUGAGCGGCAGCGGCGCUCGCUGUGCCAUCUAUCGGUGACCAGUGAAACUUACCAGUGGCCAGGCGGUGGGAUAGGCUCUGCGCGCUCUGUAAAUAAUGUGUUAAAACCUCAUUACUCUAGCCACCACCUGCCCCAGUUUGGGAUGGUAGGUCCAGCAGUAUUUUGUUGAGCCGCUGAGUGUAUAUGGAGGGAUGUUAGUCCAUGUGGGAUGGCUAAGACGUGAGUGAAAGUUAAGUCGUCUGCUGGAGAGCGAGUGAGGGAGGGAGGGAGAGGGAUGCUGCUGCACCAAAGCAACCACCACCACCACUGCCGCCACCACUUCGUCUGCCCACUCGUCAAGCCCUUGACCGCUUCGAGCCUCGGAUGGCCAUAUGACGUGCUUCGCUGGGAUACGGUAAUGGCCAGCUGGGACUCGUUAUGAUGGGCGUCUGAGGGCGUGUCGUGGGCUGCUGCAGCCCACGUGUUCCUUGUGUCAUCGUCUGUGCUGCCGCUUGAUGCAAGUAGGCGGCCGCUUCCUGCCAAAACAGUGUCCUAGGACAGUUGGUGAGACGGCACAGUGAGGUGCGUCCAGCUGCCUUCCCAGUGAAUAGGUGUGAGACGGACAGGUGUGUGCGCCACAAAGUGAUGGAUUGUCGCCACAAAUUCCUGUACUUCGGGCAGUUAUAGUGAAUACUUCAACUGCAUCAAUAUAAUAACUGUGUCAUAUAAUAAGAAAGGAAGGACACACUCGCUUGAAUUGGCAUAGCGGGGUGGGGCCGACGCACCAGCGGCCCUCGCUCCCUCAGCAGUCUCGCCCAUACUUGGCCAAUUGAGCGCAGCCACCCUGCGUCGUGUCCCCAGGCGUGUUGGCCGCGCGGGGACACAAGGGUGAUUAUGACGAUUCAGGGAAGACCUCUGGGCCGCGGACUGAAACCUGCCAGACCACGGCAGUGUGUUAGGUUUUGAUUUCCUUCCAUCCUUCGUCUUUGUUACUCACCACUGUUCUUUCUUUCUUUGUGUCGUUCAUGUUCUCGCACCAUUUAUUCUUGACGGAGCCGCCAGCCGGCAGUGCCCCGCUCAACGCCAACCUCGACCUUACCUCUCAGACUCGCCAGUGCAGCCACUCGCUCAAGUGCCUUAGCACUUACUUUCGAAGCCUAACUGACUACGGAAGUAAGACCGAGUGUACUACAGUAGGACAAGCCUCGCCACCAUACCACCAUUCCCACCACCACCAUCCGGCCUCCUCAUCUCCAAAAAGCCGCCUAUCCCCGUGGUGUCAUUCUCUGCAAGUCCUGCUGCCCUGCGUCAACCGAUCGACCAUCCAGGACCCAGCCGCUACCAAGCUCGCACGGUUCAAGAUGGUACCGGCGGAGGACGCCGUCAUUGAGGAGGGCGGCACAAGUUGUUCACUAACGGGAAGCUUCUGUCGCCCGCGGCCUCGUCGCGUGCUGCUGCUGGUCGUGGCAGUGCUGGUGCUUGGUCAACUCUCCCUUAACAUGCUCUUCUACCGCAAUUCCGACUCUCUCUUCUAUGUCAACACUACUGCGUCUGCCGCCGGGCCAUUGCUGCUCGACUCUCGGUUGUGGUGGACAAGUUCUCGGUUGCCGUGGUUGCAGCCCGUGCCGGUGAACCACUCCAACCACACGCCCUCUUUACCAAUCACCAACACCUCCUCCAGUCAACCAGGAAGAAGGGCAGAAGGGACAGAAGCUGAAAGGAGACAAAGGACGAGAGAGAAUUCCUCGACGAAUCUUGAAGAGGAAAGUGUGGGGAGUGGGACACGCCCUGUCAAGCUUCAAGAGCUUGCUGCUGCCCCUCCCACCAUGCCAGCAAACUCACCUCGGGUGGCGCUGCCACCCAGUGCAGCAGUGCCACCGUCCAAUGAUAACAAAUUGACAUCGAACAAUGAAGGUCUUGGGCGUGCCACUCAAGCGGCGGUCAGUGUUGAUAAGCCGUUGUGUCCUCCCGUUCCUCCAAAAUUGGUGGGGGUUGUCAAGGUCAACAAGAGUGCCCCAAGCCUUGAGGAGCAGGAGCGUGCCCACCCAGAGCUUGCACCGGGGGGCCAUUUCCAGCCAGGGGACUGUAUGGCACGCCACAAGGUAGCCAUUAUUAUACCUUACCGGGACCGAGUGAGCCACCUUAGUGUCCUCCUCCAUCACUUGCAUCCCAUCCUGCAGCGGCAGCAGGUGGACUACACAAUCUUUGUAGUGGAGCAAGCAGGCACAGGCAAAUUUAACCGAGCAAUGUUGAUGAAUGUUGGUGCCCUGGAGGCCCUGAGGCACUACCCAUUCAACUGCUUCAUAUUUCAUGAUGUUGACCUGUUGCUGGAGGAUGACCGUAACCUGUACACAUGUCCAGAGCAGCCCAGACACAUGUCCAUCGCUAUUGAUAACAUGAAAUAUAGGUUACCGUACAAUGAUAUAUUUGGAGGUGUAAGUGCCAUGACAGUGGAGCAGUUCCGCACUGUGAAUGGCUUCAGCAAUAAGUUCUGGGGGUGGGGAGGUGAGGAUGACGACAUGUCCAACCGCAUCAAACACCAUGGCUUCUUCAUCUCCCGCUACCCUGCUAAUGUGGGCCGCUACACCAUGCUUACCCACAAGAAAGACAACCCCAACCCCAGACGGUACCAAUAUCUUCAUGAAGGAAAGAAGAGGUACAGUUCUGAUGGCCUCAACAGUGUCAAGUACCGUCUGCUAGACACACAACUACGCCGCCUCUAUACAUGGGUAUAUGUGGACCUUUAUCCUUCAUGAUGCCAUGCUAUUGGGUGCCUUACAAGAGAGAUAUGUAGUGCAAAAUGUGAAGGAAGAAAGCUUUGUUAUGAGGUGAAAUAUGAGUGGGUUUUAUGAAAGGUGUGUGAUAGAGCAAUGUGAUGUGUGAGAAAAUGUUUUAGGUGUGAAGUUUUAUCUAUAAUUUAUUUAUUAUUAGAAUUAGUAAGUCUGAAUCUCAUGGCAUAUGAAAAGAUAAAUAUUUAUUACGGAGUGCAAUGCAAAGUCCUUCAAGACAUUAUUAAACUUUUAACAUUCAUAUUUACUUGUACAUAAAAUACCAUUGAAAUUUGUAAUAUUAAAGGGCAGAACAAGGUUUUAGGAAAAUGGCUCAAAUUGUAUGGUUGUCAUAUAAAAAUUGUAUAAAUUAUUAAGAUUCUUCUUCUUCAGAUUGUUAUCAGUUUUAACCAUACUUAUAUCAUCCAUUGAUAUUUACAUAUCUGGCUGAAAUUUUAAAAGGAAGAAACAAUAAUGACAAGACAUAAAAUUACCAAAUUAAUCAAGAUUUCCUUUGACAAGGAAAUAUAUUAUGGCAGAUUAAUUUUACUGUGGAUGUGUUUGCUGAGUUAUACAUGUCUGCUAUAAGUUCUGUGAUCUGAGUGAUUCAUUUAAACUCAUAUGUUACAUAUAAGAUAAUGCAAUUAUAUUGAUAGACAGCAGAAAGUCCUCAUCCGCUUUGGAAUAAGUCAGACUUGGUGUACAUCUUGUUUGUUUGGAUGCAAAGAAAUUUGCUUGAUAUACAAUCUUUGGAACACAAUUCACUCAUUUAAUGCAACCAUGCAUCCACAGCCUAGAAUGCUCUGUGUGUAAGUGAAAGGUAUGGAUAUAUUACCUAUAAUGAAUGCUAUACUCUUGUGAAUAAGAGGAGGAAUUGCAGUUUUAAAGAAGAAAUCUACUUGUGCAUACAAUUUAUGAACUGAAUCUCACUCCAAGGAGAUACCUCAUUUUCUUUCUCAGCAACAAGGAAAAGAUCAUUAAUUUCUCAUGAGGUUAAAUGUCUUAUGAUUCUUAUCAAGAGGUUAUCUUCCUCAAAAGAACCUGGCUGCCUCCAAGCCAGUCAAGGAGCCAUUCUUAACUGACUGACCAAGUAAAUCUACUGUUAUCAGAUACCUAGUCAUAGUAGAGGAUACAUAAAGACAAGUAACUUACAUCAAGCUACAUGUGAUAAUGGACUGAUUUAGAAAACCUCUAUUUGGCAGAGGCAUCAUAGUGUUAAUAUGCUCUGAUAUAUUGUAUAGAUUGUAAUGAAGGUCAUUGAGGUGACCUGUGGCCCUAUGAUUAAUAUGUAAUUGUGACUGAAAAUUACUACCUUCAUGACAUUGACUAUGGUGUGGCUUUUACUGUCACUGUUAAAAAUGGGUGGCGACCUAUAAUGUCGUAUUAGAACAUCCAUCUGUGCAUACCUAUGAUGGACACCACUGAGUAUUAAUUGAAUCAAUGGAAAAAAGCAUGAUAUUGCUUUGUUUAGUGUUACAUUUAGCAAAAAAAUAAAAUAUGUUGAUAGGAAUAAAUUCUUGUGUGAUAUUUAGUGAAUCUGAUACUAUUGCCAGGACAGACCUUUGUAUCUUUGGAGGGAGGGACAUCCAGACUUGAGGAAGCUUUCACUUUUUAAGAUGUUGUUCUGAAUUUGAUAUAAAAAUAAAAACUUGAUCUUUAAUUAUAAUACAUAUAUAGUAAAAAUUUAAUUCUUAUCAUAGGGUGACUCAUAACAGAUUCACAUAGAGGAGAUUGAAUUUGUAUGUGAUGGUGUACAUGUUUUUCUGUAAAGUUUUAAUGUUAAACUAAAGAAUAUCAGAAAAUAGCCUUGAAAAAUCCAUCAACAUAUAAUAUCAAGGAAGAACAACCAUGAAAACAAAUAGUAAUCUCAUUGGAUCCCCAAAGAAGAGGGUAAAUAUUACCUGUGCAAAUGUGAGACUGGUGAUGUAUGAUAUUCAGACAAAGUCAACAAUGAAAGAAACAGAAAGGAUGAGAGAAUGCAAGAUGUUGAAAUUCAUUACAACAAUUUAGAUGGGAAACCAUGCGAACUAACAUGAUCAUAAGGAGGUGAGAAGAGUAUGAUAAAUGUACUAAGGAAGUACAGAUUGAGACAAGGGAGGUAUGUCAUCAGAGUCGUUAGUUGAAAGAAAAUCAGUUGGUACGAGUUAAGAGGA